GCAUAUUAAACCGAUAGCCGGAGACGCCUCGUCCAUUCAGGUAGUCCGUCUGAACGUGGUAAUGGCGAACGAACUGUUCCUCGGCACGACUCUCUCCUCUGGACAGAAGCGAGACACUUUGGACCUUUACUCUUAACACUUCGUUUUUGCUCUUGAUUGAGUCAUUAGUCACUCUCUGUGCUAUUUCAAUGUGUUUUAAGUCACGGAGUGAAGUAAUAUAUUGUGCUGCUACCAACGCCUGUAAUCGACCAGGUAGUACCGCUUUCUAAGAUUAAACCAAAGAGGUUUUUUUGCUCCAAAACACAAAAAGUGACAUUAGGACUUCACGGGGAUCCGAAACAAUGGGAUCAGCAACACCCCGCGCGCCAUGUCGAGACGGCUCGCGCGCCCCACCCGUAAUGACACCGAACAGCCAACGAUGCAGCUGAUGACGCCGAGAUGAAGCGCGCGGCUCUCUGACAUAACGAACAACAAACAAAAACAAAAACCAACAACCAGAAUGUUCUCCGACGUGGGGAACGCGAGCGACGAGGACCUGCUGAGGUCGCUCGAGCAGGAGUGGAGCGACCGGCCGCAGGAGCUGCUGACGCGCACCGGGCACACGGUGGUCUCCGUGUUCCUGGGCUCCAUCAUGGUGUUCGGCUUCCUCAACAAUCUGGUGGUGCUCGUGCUGUUCUGCAAGUUCAAGACGCUGCGCACGCCCGUCAACAUGCUGUUGCUUAACAUCAGCGUGAGCGACAUGCUCGUGUGCGUGUUCGGCACAACGCUCAGCUUUGCGUCCAGUCUGCACGCGCACUGGCUGUACGGGAGGCACGGGUGCAUGUGGUACGGCUUCAUCAACUCGUGUUUCGGCAUCGUGUCGCUGGUGUCGCUGGCACUGCUCUCCUACGACCGCUACAGCACGCUCACCGUGUGCAACAAGCGGGCGCCCGACUUCCGCAAGCCCCUGGCGGCCGUGGCGGGCGCCUGGCUCUACUCCCUGCUGUGGACCGUGCCCCCCCUGCUUGGCUGGAGCAGCUACGGCCUGGAGGGUGCCGGCACCAGCUGCUCCGUCACCUGGACCGAGCACAGCCCCUGCUCCCACUCCUACAUCGUGUGCCUCUUCCUCUUCUGCCUGGCCGUGCCCGUGCUGCUGAUGGUGUACUGCUACGCCCGGCUCCUCUACGUCGUCAAGCAGGUGGGUCGGAUCCAGCGGUCGGCGGUGCGGCGGAGGGAGUUCCGCAUCCUGUUCAUGGUGCUCACCACAGUGGUGUGCUACCUGCUGUGCUGGAUGCCGUACGGCGUGGUGGCCAUGAUGGCCACCUUCGGGCGGCCGGGGAUCAUCACGCCGGUGGCCAGCGUGGUGCCCUCCAUCUUGGCCAAGAGCAGCACCGUGAUCAACCCGCUCAUUUACAUCCUCAUGAACAAGCAGUUCUACCGGUGCUUCCUGCUGCUGUUCCACUGCCGGCCUCACGGGGGCGCCCUGGACACCGGCCAGUCCUCCAUGCCCUCCAAGACCACUGUGCUGCGGCUCAACCGCCGCGUCUACAACACGCCCACGCCCGCCGGCACCCUGCAGCCGUCGGACUCCACGGGGGCCGCGGCGCCGCUCGCAGCGAAUAUGGGGGCCCCGGCGGCCCCAGGGGUGAGCCCCGCGUCCCCACGAGACGGGGGGCGGAUUGGGGACGCGGGGAGCGACGGAUUCCCUCGAGGGGCCUACUGAACGUAACUGGGAUGCGUGGGUUUUACCAAGGGUAGCUGGCUGUGCGGUCUUCGUUGGCACAGGGAAGACAAAACUUCGGUAUGGUCAUGCUGUUUGUUUUUUAUUUUUUGACAUUGGGAGGAAAAAUCUUUGGACUAAAGAGGAUUUUUGUUUAGAGUCAUGCUCCAUUGCCAAACCCCGCCCUCGGCGCAAUCCCCUUUCCAUGGAUACCAUGGCGAUGAACCUCGCUUGGGGUGACACUGGGAUCCUAGCUUGCCUGCUACCUGUGUUUGUUAAAGUCUAUGCCGUGGUCGUUGUGGACGUGUGUGACAUCAGCCCGUACAAUACUGUUGUAGCGUGUCGUGUAGAAACCCCCCUUUUCCCUUGAGCCACCAGGUGGGCCGAUUGCAUGGCGACGAGGACAUGAAGUGCACGUCUUAAAUGUUCCAUUCUGAAGGUUGUUUGCUCGGUUAGUUUUUCCCAGCAUCCUCUCCUUCACCUUGAUUGUUCAAGUUUUCAGGUUCAGGACCACCGCAGAGCCUGUUUUAAAAUCGACUGGGAAUAAAGGAUAGAGAGAAAACAUUGUUGUCAUUCUUCUGGGGGUGCGGACAUGACAGUUAUGAAGACUUUAGGGACUGGUGAAUAUUUUGCCAUGGUGGGAGGGAAGGACGCCUGCAAGGACUUCUGGGUCAUGCCCAAAAAUUCUGUUUUCUUUCCAAACGGUGGAGAGUUGCUACCUGGGAUUCAGGACAGAAUAGAUCACAUCAGACGCCACCGCCAGGGCACUCAAACCUACCCCCCCCCCCCCCCCCCCCAACCCCAGCUUAGGCAAUGCGUGCGUUGUCUUUCUGUUGAACUCUAGGUCGAAAUUAAAAUUGUGUCGCACCUUAUAGAAAUUCGACCACGUAAUACGGCUUACACCCCUACAUCUAUGUGCCUAAUCCAAAACAUUUUUGGAAUUUUCUGCACGCCCUGGUAGGUGGUUGGGAGAAAUGAGGAAAUGAGAGAUACCAAGUUCCGCCCUCAAGAAAGCACAGCUUCAUGGUAAUUGCCGUUGUACAAUGUUCUGGGUGUGGCGAGUGCUUCAAUAAAGUGAAUCCGCCGUGGGGACAACCUCACAUUUA